CAAGACAGAGAGAGGACUGAACUGGUGCGAUUCACAGGAGUACCAACUUUUGAGAGCUAAACUCACACCAGUAAAACUGACACUUGUUACGGAGCGGUGAAAUGGCGGAAAAUGUACCAAAUUUUGAGCGAGAAAAAAUCUCCUGCUCCAUCUGUUUGGAUCUACUCAAAGAUCCAGCAACUAUUCCCUGCGGACACAGCUACUGUAUGAGCUGUAUUAAAAGGCACUGGGACGGACAAGAUCAGAGGGGAAACCACAGCUGCCCUCAGUGCAGGAAGGUGUUCAGACCAAGGCCUGAUCUCCUGAAGAACAUAGUGUUGUCAGAGUUGGUGGAGGAUCUGAAGAAAAAUGGACUCCAAGCUGCUCCAGCUGAUCACUGCUAUGCUGGACCUGAAGAUGUGGCCUGUGAUGUCUGCACUGGGCGGAAGAGGAAAGCUGUCAAGUCUUGUUUAUCCUGCCCAGCCUCAUAUUGCAACACUCAUCUUCAGUCUCACUAUGACGCUCCGCCAUUAAAGAGACACAAAUUGACAAAUCCAUCAAAGAAGCUCCUGCAGAACAUCUGCUCCCAUCAUGAUGAGGUCAUGAAGAUCUUCUGUCGUACUGAUCGGCAGUGUAUCUGUUAUCUCUGCUUAAUGGAUGACCAUAAAGGCCAUGAAACAGUCCCAGCUGAAGCAGAAAGGACCGAGAAGCAGAAGGAGCUCCAAAAGAUACGACAACAAAUCCAGCAGAUAAUCCAGGAACAAAAGAGAGAUGUGAAGCGGCUUCAUCAGGAGGUGGAGGUCAUCAAUGGCUCUGCUGAUAAAGCAGUGGAUGACAAUGAGAAGAUCUUCACUGAUAUGAUCCGUCUCAUCCUGAGAAGAAGACGGGAUCUACAGCAGCAGAUCAGAUCCCAGCAGGAAAUUGAAGUGUGUCGAAUACAGGAGUUUCAGGAGAAGCUGGAGCAGAAAAUGACUGAAUUAAUAAUGAAAGAUGCUGAGCUGGAGAAGCUCUUAAAAACAGAGGAUCACACCCAGUUUCUCCAGAACUACCCCUCACUGUCAGCAAUCAGUGAGUCUACACACUCAUCCAGGAUCAAUGUUCGUACUCAGAGAUAUUUUGAGAAAGUGACAGGAGCUGUGUCAGAGCUCAGAGAGAAAGUGGAUGAUUUCCUGAGAAACACGUGGAAAAACAUCUCACACUUAGCUACUAGAGUGGAUAUCAUACUGUCAGGACCAGAACCAAACACAAGAGCUGAUUUUUUGGAAUAUUCACAAGAGAUCACUCUGGAUCCAAACACAGCAAAUGGGAAGUUGACAUUAUCUGAAGGGAACACAAAAGUAGCUUUCAUGGACUCAAUGCAGUCUUAUCCCGAUCAUCCUGACAGGUUUACUAAUCAUAAUCAGGUUCUGAGUAGAGAGAGUCUGACUGACCGCUGUUACUGGGAGGUGGAGUGGAGAGGAGGUGGAGUUUAUGUAGCGGUUUCGUACAAGAAUAUCGAUAGAGCAGGGUGGUCGGAUGGAUGCUUGUUUGGAUUUAAUGAUAAGUCGUGGUCAUUGCAGUGUUUUACAAACAGCUAUAACUUCUAUCACAACUACAUGCAAGCUCCAGUUUCAGGUCCAGUUUCCUCCAGAAUAGGAGUGUACGUGGAUCACAGAGCAGGUAUUCUGUCUUUCUACAGCGUCUCUAGAACCAUGACUCUCCUCCGUAGAGUCCUUACCAGAUUCAGUCAGCCUCUAUAUGCUGGGAUUAGGCCUAUCCUUAAUGGAGAUUCUGCUCACUUUGUUAAACUGAAAUAAUCUGUAAUCAUCAGAGAUGCAGUGAGUUAAAAAUGUGUAUUUUAUUUACGGUUUCUCUAGUUUAUAAUCUUUAAUACAGAGAACUCUUUGUUGUGUCAUUAUUUACCGCUUAGAGAUCAGCAGUAUUAAUUGAGCUCCUUUGUGGCCUUGAUUGUUGUUUUGUUUGUGUUUGAGUUUGUUUGGAUGGAGGUCAUCACUGCCCAGAAGGUUUUUAUUCCAUUAAAUUAAUUAAAAUUACACCGAUUGCUUUGUCAGACCAAAUGUUGGUCAAAGCUAGGGCUGUAACUAACAAUUAUUUUGCAAAUCGAUUAAUUUGGUGAUUAUUUUUCGGAUUAAUCAAUUAAUUAUCGGAUAGCCAAAGGUUCUUUAAAGAAGAUUUUUUUAAGAAAUUAAACCAGGUGAAACCAAAACCUUUCAAAUUGAGGAGUUCUGGAUAGAGAAUAUUGACGGAUAAAGAUUUGUUGUAUCUUGAUAUAAGUACAGCUCUAAUUGAAUCAGUGUGUCAGCGAAAGGCAUGUUUUAGAGUCUCUAUUUACUCCAGUUACCAAUUAAUCGAUUAAUUUAGUCUGUCCUCUCUAUCCAAAUUCUCAACCUUUGGUAUUCAAAAGUGUGUCCUUCUUCUUGAGGU